AAUUAUAGCUUUGAGAAACAAUCAGCAACCCAACCUUGUCCUCUCAGCACGUGACAGUCGUCAGUCUGGUAAAGUUUGUCAUCAAAUUCUCCAAAAGAAGUUAAAUCCAAAAGCCGUCAUGUACCAUGCUACUGAAGGAGUCGGAUGUUUCCUUUGUCUAUGUAUUGUUGUCAUCUUGGCAGAGGGCUCUUAUCUUGAGAACAACCCAGACCUUGAAACAGUACUGUUAAGGACUGACGAUCAAGAGCAUCAGAAGAGAGGAUGGAACAGUCUGUCCGGAAUGUGGGGCAAGCGAAGCUUGAGAAAGCCUUCCGAAAUCAUGGAUAAAAAAGGGUGGAAUGACUUAUCUGGCAUAUGGGAUAAACGAGACUGGAAUAAGCUGUCGGGCAUGUGGGGGAAACGGGAGUGGAAUGACUUACCAGGCAUGCUGAGUAAACGGGAUUGGAAUGACCUUUCUGGAAUGUGGGGAAAACGAAGCACAGAGUUAGACAACAUUUUUCCGGGUGAAAGCACUGACGAUGUAUGGAUCAAGUCAAUAUUUCAGGAACCAUUGGAGGUCAGAGAUCAAGAUUCAGCCGAAAGAGUUUUACCAGAAGAUUAACUGAUGUAAAAACUGAUGAUCUUUAAUAAUAUCGGAUUUCUGAGAAGUAAACAACAAUAAAAGUGAUAAUUUAACAAAAAUUGUAGCUCUGAGUUAUUUUCUACCUGUUAGGGUUUCGAUAUCACGCAGAACUUAUCGGAAACGAUCAUUUUUUUUGUCAUUAUCUUUUGUACGUUUCAUAGUUGAUGUGUUAUUGUUGCUAAUUCAGGCAAGAGUAAUUGUUGUAAACAAGCGUUGUUUCGCUAUCUUGUAUUUUUGUUCAAUUUCUGUUUUUCUCGUGAUAAGUAUUUCAAAAAAAAAAGUUCAUUUCCUUUGUUCUAGGAUCAUGAUGGAAAUACAUAUGAUAAUGAAUGGAACAAUAAAAUGAUAUUCUAAA